AUGAUCAAGGGCGGCAUCCAGGUCCAUCCGAAGUUGUUGUGGGAGAGCUAUGGGCGGCCUGGCGGCACCUUCCCGACGAGCAAUUGCCUGCAUGUGGAAGGCUUGGAGAUGCGGAAGGAGCUGAAUGGGCAGCUGGUGGAGGUCAGGGACUGGGACGCGGAGCGAGGGCGCUUCGUGGUGGGCCUCGCGGAAUGCAGCGAGCAGCUGCUGGUGAGGCCAAGCCACUUGCGCGCCCCUGACGUUUGCGACCUGGAUGCCUGGAGCAGCUCUGAGAGCCUCCUGGACCUCCCCAGCUUCCUGGCGCUUCGUGUUGCCCUGGGUCUGGCUGCAAGGACCUGCGCGGCCCUCAGCGGCACCAGCCGCGGCAUGCGCCUGGCGCUGUGGCGCGGCCUGGAGGCGCAGGCCUUGUGGGUGACUUUGCUGCAGCGCGGGCACGGCGCUGUCGCUGAGUGGAUAUGGUCCGACUGGCGCAGUCGCAGUCGGCCGGGCCGAACGUGUAUCGAGUCGCCCGCGGGCUGA